GCACAUCCGUUUUGUCUACCACCCACGAAGGGCACUACUAUUCCAGGCUCUAAUGUCAGGCAUCACACCAUCCUGUUGGAGGGUCAAGCUAAUAGAUUUGAAUGCUUAAAUGGGAUUGUAGGUGAAGGGGACUCUGGGUUAACAAAUCACCCAACCCUUUAUUAAUUUGUUCAGCUAAGCAGAGACCUCGCCGGAAAAUAUGGCAUCUAUCUCCACUCGUCGUUAAUUGAGGUAAUCUAUAUUCCUGAAGUUUAGAAAUGAAAUUUUCAUUGUAAAAAUUUGAGUUGUCUUUAAAUGUCGACUCAAAAGUUUUACAAACCUGUAAAACAAUGUUUUUCCAAGAGACCCAUUAAAGAAAUUGCCAAAUUAAUCUUCCCAUUUCCCCCUUCUCGGUCAAAUUUCUUCAAACUCCCGCAAAGUUUCAAUCUUGAAACCCAUUUAGCCUUGGUUUUACACUUGUUAAAAUCCAGGGAGUUUGAUGAAGCUGAGAAUAUAUUGAAUGCUGUUGUUGUUGCUAAUGGUCUGAGGAAACCAGUUUCAGAAAUAGCUUCUUUGUUGAGUGAGAAUCAUGUAAAACAUAAUCUUAUGGGGAAGAUGUUUAAUAUGUUAUUUAGUGUUUAUGUUGUCAAUAUGAGGUUUAAGGAUGCUCUAGAGGUUUUUGAUUAUAUAAAAAGGGGGGGCUUUAAAAUUGAUGAUAGAGCUUGUAUGGUUUACUUGCUUGCUAUGAAGAGGCAAAGGCGACAUGACUCGUUGUUAGAAUUUUUCCACAAGAUGGUUGAGUUUGAUGUGAAAAUUACAGUUUAUUCGAUGACGGUGGUAAUUGAUGGAUUGUGUAAAAUGGGGGAGGUUUGUGAGGCAAGAAAGCUCAUGGAUGAAAUGGCUAUUAAAGGGGUGAAACCAAGUGAUUACACUUAUAACAUACUAUUACAAGCAUAUAUGAAGACACAAGAUUUUGUGGCUGUAAAUGAGAUUUUGAGGAAAAUGGAGAAGGAUGGUUUCAAUCUCAAUUUGACAAGUUAUACUCUUUUGAUUAAAGGAUAUUCAACUUUUGGCGAUCUUGAAGAGAUUGAGAGGUUGCUUAGGGAAAUAGAAGAGAAGGGCAUAGAGCCAAAUGUUCAUUUAUGCACCUCCAUGAUUAGUGGUUAUAGUAAGUUAGGUAAUGUUAUGAAGGCAUUUUCAACGUUUGUAGAAAUGGUGGAGAGAGGCCUCAUUCCUGAUGGUCACGCAUAUGGAGCUUUGAUAAAUGGCUUCUGCAAGACUGGACUAAUGCAAAAAGCUGAAGUUUUGCUUAAUGAGAUGCAAAGCAAGGGAAUUGACAUAGACCGAGUCAUGUUUAAUACAAUGAUGGAUGGUUACUGUAAGCAGGGUAAUGUGGAUGAAGCACUGAGGCUUCAGAGAAUUAUGGAGGGCAAAGGACAUCAGCCUGAUGCAAAUGCUUACAAUAUAAUUGCUACGGGCCUGCGUAAGCUAGAUUUGCAUGAUGAAGCAAAAAGGUUGUUGCUCUCGAUGGUGGAUCGAGGUGUAGCCCCAGAUACAGUUAGUUAUACAACUUUGAUCGAUAUUUAUUGCAAGCAGGGAAAUUUUGCCGAAGCAAAAAGGGCACUUAUUGAGAUGGAAACUAAGGGAAUUAAGCCUAACACGACAACGUACACUACACUGGUAGAUGGUUAUUGCAAGCUGGGAAAAAUCGUUGAUGCAGAAAGGAUACUUAGAGUGAUGGAAGCUAAGGGAGUUAAGCCUAACGCAACAGAAUGCAAUGCAUGUGCCCUGAUAGACGGUUAUUGCAAGCAGGGAAAUUUCAUUGAAGCAAAAAGGGUAUUUAGUGAGAUUGGAACUAAGGGAGUUAAGCCUAACACAGUAACGUACACUGCCCUGAUAGAUGGUUAUUGCAAGUUGCGAAAUCCUGCUAAAGCAGAAAAGGUACUUAUUGAGAUGGAAACUAAGGGGGUUAAGCCUAACACGGUAACGUACACUGCCCUGAUAGAUGGUUGUUGCAAGGUGGGAAGUAUUGCUAAAGCAAUAAAGGUAUUUAUUGAGAUGGAAACUAAGGGAUUUAAGCCUAACACAGUAACGUACACUGCCCUGAUAGAUGGUUAUUGCAAGUUGCGAAAUCCUGCUAAAGCAGAAAAGGUACUUAUUGAGAUGGAAACUAAGGGAGUUAAACCUAACACGGUAACGUACACUGCCCUGAUAGAUGGUUGUUGCAAGGUGGGAAGUAUUGCUAAAGCAAUAAAGGUACUUAUUGAGAUGGAAACUAAGGGAUUUAAGCUUAACACAAUUAUUUACAAUGCCCUGAAGAUGGUUAUUGUGAGAAAGGUACGAUGAAAGAAGGUUUAAGGAUUGUCAUGAUGUCCGAGAUGUCUAUACAUGCACCUCUUAUAUACAUCGGGAAUGCAUAUCAGGAAAGGUAGAUGCUGCUUUGAAGCUUUUCAUCGAGAUUCCUACAAUGGGUUUAGUUCUGGAUGUGGUGAAUUACACAACGAUGAUUCUCGCCUAUCAAAAGAGGGCUGAUCAAAUGAAGCCUUCAGAUAUUACAAUCAGAUGAUAGAGGCAGGUCUAACACUCGGUGUUCUUACAUACCCUGCACUUGUGGAUAUACUAACUUGUAAGUCGUUAACUUCAUGACAUCCUGCAGAAAUUCAGUGUGCCUAGCUUGUUACUGCAGAUCUAAGUGUUGUCGAUGGACAUUGUCUGCCAUAAACUCAAGUUGAUAUCGCUUUGAGACCCAAGAAAGAGCAAAACUGCUGCUCAGAUUUAAGCUGCUUGAUUUCCUUCAUUUAGACAAUGAUCUGAGAAGACUGGAGAUAUAUAGCCCUAUGACAUCUAUAAACUGAGUGACCAUGAAUAUUGAUGACUUAGUCUACAAUACCUUCAAGGACAUUUUCUGGCACUCAUAUGAAGACCAUUUUAGCUGCAUGUGCUCGAUCAUCAGUGGAGUACUGUGAAGUUCUCCUCCUGCAUUCCUCGUUUUCCACAGAAAUCAGCAAUACAUCAAAUCUCAAUGAUGUCCGUGUUGCAAAGCUAUUAAAGAGCGUAGCAUAGCGAGCCAGAAGUAGGAUUUUUGAAAUGCCGCCAGUGCAGUUUCAGGGUAGUUGGGCAUAAAAAUGAAGCAAACGAUAAUUCACAACACCUUAUUAAGAAGAUAGAAUCUUUAUAAUGCUAUUGAGUUUCUCUUCUUCAAGCUGCUUGAGUUCACUGGAUAAAGAGUACAGAAAGAAGAUCAAUUACAGUUCGAUUGGCACGGGGAACUGUAAACACUGAAGAGAUUGUUGAAAAGAAGGAUGUGUUGAGGAAGAUGCUGAGCUACCCGAAGAGGUGAAUACAAUGUUGAAAGAACUGAAAGAGGAAGUAGAGCAUGGCGAUACUGCAUUUAUUCGAGGGGCAAUUUCAAAUAUAUAUACGAUAAACUAAUUAGUUUGCAACAACUAUAGUCAUAUUUUAUUUACAUAAAAAUUAGUCAAAAUCAUAGAAAAUAUAAAGUGAUUAUAUACUGAUUAUAAAAUAUAAAUUGCUUAUACAUGAGCUAUACACUAAAUAUACAUUAUGAUACACUCAAAAAUUGAAUAUAGUUUGACUAUAUAUGAAAUAUACAUUGACUAUACAUGCUUAUAUAGUGAAUGGCCAUUUUUUUGGUUAUUACUUUUGGCCGAAUGGCCACUGGGUGUAAUUUGCCCUUUAUUCAAACCCAACCUUAUCUUUCCAAAUCUAUCCCAUCCUCAAUAAUAUUUCGGUGUCUAGGCAGCCACAUUCUAUUGCUCGGUUACUUU